AUGGCCCCCGCUGCCUUCAUACCCUUCCAGGAGCCCCCAACACCCCGCAAUGGCCCCCGCUGCCUUCAUACCCUCCCAGGAGCCCCCAACACCCCGCAAUGGCCCCCGCUGCCUUCAUACCCUCCCAGGAGCCCCCAACACCCCGCAAUGGCCCCCGCUGCCUUCAUACCCUCCCAGGAGCCCCCAACACCCCGCAAUGGCCCCCGCUGCCUUCAUACCCUCCCAGGAGACCCCAACACCCUGCAAUGGCCCCCGCUGCCUUCAUACCCUCCAAGGAGCCCUCAACACCCCACAAUGGUCCCCGCUGCCUUCAUACCCUCCAAGGAGCCCCCAACACCUCGCAAUGGCCCCCGCUGCCUUCAUACCCUCCCAGGAGCCCCCAACACCCUGCAAUGGCCCCCGCUGCCUUCAUACCCUCCCAGGAGCCCCCAACACCCUGCAAUGGCCCCCGCUGCCUUCAUACCCUCCCAGGAGCCCCCAACACCCUGCAAUGGCCCCCGCUGCCUUCAUACCCUCCCAGGAGCCCCCAACACCCUGCAAUGGUCCCCGCUGCCUUCAUACCCUCCCAGGAGCCCCCAACACCCUGCAAUGGCCCCCGCUGCCUUCAUACCCUCCCAGGAGCCCCCAACACCCUGCAAUGGCCCCCGCUGCCUUCAUACCCUCCCAGGAGCCCCCAACACCCUGCAAUGGCCCCCGCUGCCUUCAUACCCUCCCAGGAGCCCCCAACACCCUGCAAUGGUCCCCGCUGCCUUCAUACCCUCCCAGGAGCCCCCAACACCCUGCAAUGGCCCCCGCUGCCUUCAUACCCUCCCAGGAGCCCCCAACACCCUGCAAUGGCCCCCGCUGCCUUCAUACCCUCCCAGGAGCCCCCAACACCCUGCAAUGGCCCCCGCUGCCUUCAUACCCUCCCAGGAGCCCCCAACACCCUGCAAUGGCCCCCGCUGCCUUCAUACCCUCCCAGGAGCCCCCAACACCCUGCAAUGGUCCCCGCUGCCUUCACAUUCCCCCGCAGGAGCCCCCAACACCCUCUGA